AUGGUACUGGGAAUUCUCACAUCCAUUGCAGCAUGUCCUGCCAUUAUUGGAACGACGGAGGCCGUUCGAUCAGGUCAAAAGCAGAAUGCGCGAGAGAAACAUAGAAGCCGAAAAGCAAACCUCUCGGUUUCUUGCUCAGAUCCAUCACGAAAAGCACGGGAUAUACAUGGCGGUUCAGUUGUUCUCAAAGAUAAGAAGCUUUAUGUUACAACCGUAAAUCCAAAAUCGAAGUUUCCUGAAGACUUCGAAAAUGACGCGGACCGGAUACAGCAGUAUGGACACAUCUUCGCAGGGUACUUCUUCCCCUAUCCAGACAGCAAAUGGGGACGUCGAGGUGAAGGCUAUGUCUCUACUAUUGCGGAUGAUCCUCCUCAGCUUAAUUGGAUCUACGUGGAUAAAGAUACCUACGAAGUGAAAUACGGUCUUCGUGUUGAGACGGAAGGACAUCUAGUUGGGCCCUGGAAUGUCACGCCAAUCGAUAGAAGGCUUACCUUUGAUGGGUGGGAAGGGUUUACUGUUGUGGAAGAGGGCGAAGGGGUUUGGGCGCUGUAUUUUGAUGUGGAUGAUGAUGGGUUGGAAGAGAAGAUACCGGCGGAUCAGAGGAUUAUGGAGGUGGAACUGACGAGGAAAGAGUUGAGGAUGGCCAAGGGAGAUCCUAUAAUGUGA